AUGGCGACGAACGGAGUAAAUCCAUCAGUCGCUGAGCUGGCGGCCAUGACCACAGAGGAACGUAUGUCUGGUCUGGAACACUCAGAGGUUCGCUAUUUUACCAGCUACGAUCAUCAUGGCAUCCACGAGGAAAUGUUGAAGGACGAAGUACGAACCAGAUCCUACCGCGACGCGAUAUACCAGAACAAACAUAUUUUCAAGGACAAGGUCGUGUUAGAUGUCGGUUGUGGAACAGGUAUUCUGUCCAUGUUCGCAGCAAGAGCCGGUGCAAAACAUGUUAUCGGCGUUGAUAUGUCCAGCAUAAUACAGAAAGCCAAGCAGAUUGUGGAACGGAACGGCUUGACCAGCCGUAUAACUCUGCUGCAAGGCAAGAUGGAAGAAGUUGAGAUGCCAAAAGAGGUGAUGCCCGAUGGAAAGGUCGAUAUCAUUAUUUCCGAGUGGAUGGGCUACUUUCUGCUAUACGAGAGCAUGCUGGACACUGUGUUAUAUGCACGAGACAAAUACUUGCGCAAGGAUGGCAGAAUUUUCCCCGACAAAGCAACAAUCUACAUGGCUGGUAUUGAAGAUGGUGAAUUCAAAGAGGACAAGAUCGGAUUCUGGGACAACGUCUAUGGCUUCGACUACUCUCCCAUGAAGGAAGUCGCACUCACCGAACCACUUGUCGACACCGUAGAGCUAAAGGCUCUAGUCACAGAUCCCUGCCCUGUAUUCACCAUCGACCUCAACACAGUCAACUCAUCCGACCUAGCCUUCUCCGAGCCUUUUACCCUAAGGUGCAACCGCAACGACUUCAUCCAUGCUCUGAUCGCAUGGUUCGACAUUGACUUUGGCGCAUGCCACAAACCCAUCCGCUUCUCUACCGGACCACACGCAAAAUACACUCAUUGGAAGCAGACUGUCUUCUAUGUACGCGAGGUCAUCACGGUCGAGGAAGGCGAGUCACUACAAGGCUUCCUGUCCAACAAACCCAAUGCAAAGAACAAGCGCGACUUGGAUAUCAAAAUCGAUUACGAGCUGGAUACCUUCGAUUCCACUCGCAAAGCCGCUGGCUCCUGCGAGUACAGAAUGUGCUAA